AUGUAAGUCAUUUAAGAAAUGAUUGAGGAAUUUAAUACUUUAAGAUAAUAAGUAUAUGAAGCUGAAUUAAGAAUUUAAUAAUUCAUAGAUGAUGAACAAAUGUGUAUCAAGUAAUCAAAAAUUUAAAUUGAUGAACAAUAAACUAAAAUUCAGAAAUAAAAUGCUAAAAUUCAAAAUGAUUAACUAAAUAAAAUUACUUUGGCUCUAACUAAUUCAUUGACUAGAGUUAUAAAGGAUCUUUAUUAUGAUGAAGAUAAAGAUUUGACAAUUAUUAAAUUAUAAGAACAUGGAAUUAUCAUUGAAUUAGAAAUGAAGUAAAAUGAUUUGAAAAGAAUCAAACUUUAAUAAGUUGGCAGAAGGGAUUAUACAUUAUUAGAUUAGGAACAUUUAAAUAUUGAAGAAAUGCUUUUGAAAUUCUUAGAAAAACCUGAUUAACCAUUUAGUUCCAUUAUUAUUCCUUUUCUUUAGAAUUUGAAAUUAAUUUGAUUAUAAAAAUUUUAUGAAUAAUCCUUAUUUAUAUUCUUCUAAAGAUAAGAAAGAAAAGUUAUCUACAAAUUUCGGUUCCAAGGAAGCAAUAAGCAAUAUAGACUAAAUACUCAAAGGAAAUUUUAUUGAAAAUAAAAUAAUAUAAAAAGAAUAAAAAAAAGAACUUAACAAUUAAUAAAUAAAUGAAAAGAAAUAAUAAGAUAUCAAAUAAUUAUUAUAUGAUUUCUAAAUAGGUGAUAAAAUUAUUGAGAAAUCUUCAAACCAAAAAUAAGUUUAAGAAAUAAAUGAAAUUCCAUAUGUUUUAGACUUUAUAGAAAAAAAAGAAAAACAACAAUUUUAGCUACAAACAUAAAUGGAUGAGACAGAGAUGUUGAAGGCUUUUAAAAAAAAAAUGCAUACUUUAGAAGUAUUUUAAGAAAUAGAGAUUUCUAAUGAAUAAGUGGAAUUUUAUGAAAAAAAUAAAGGAAUGAUUAUUACUAGCAUUACAUGUUUUGAAAAUAUAGUAGCUUUUGGAACAUCUAAAGCUAUCAUAUAUAUUUAAUGCAAUAAUCAAAUUAUUCAAUUAGAGCAAAAUAAAAAAAUUAAUCUUUGUUCAAUAAUUUGUUUAAGUUAUUUUGAUAAAGGUAAAAAAUUAAUAGCAAUCUCACAGUAAUAAAUUCUAUUAUUUAUAAAAAAUUAAUUUACUAAGGCUUUUUAGAUAAAUAUUGAAGGAAAACCAGUUGCAAUGACUAUGUGUAAUAAAGGGGAGAAUUUUAAGUUUUAAUUUUUGAUGACUGAUUCAUUAGGGAAUGUUUACCUAGUUGGGGUUAAAUAAACCUUUCUAAAUUAUGAAAUUUAAUUUAAAUUAUUGCUUAAAGAAAAUAACAUUUGCUAUUAAAUUGAAUCACUAAAUUUUAAAGAUUAAGAGUAUAUAUUUUUAACUUUCAAGGAUUCAAUAUAGAUAAUCAAUUUAAUACCUGAAUAUCAACUAUUAAUAAAAUUAAAUUAUAAAGUUCCAUAAGAUAAAUAUAUUCAAACAAAAUGCUAAAUUGAAAAAGAAAUUCUUAAAAUAGCAGUGAGUUAUGAAAAUACAUUAGAAAUUUUAUCAAUUUAAUUUGAUAAGAAAAAAUAAAAAAAAUAAAAUUUAAAUUUAUUAUGCUCAUAUAACUUUAAUAAUGAAGAUAUUCAAUAUUUAAUAUGGCUAAGCAAUGAUAUAAUUUUUAUUAAACAUGAAAGAAAAAGGUAUUCUUUAAUUUCAAUUUCUGAAAUACUAUAAUAAAAAGUUGAAUUAAUCUAAAAAUAAUUAAGUCAUGAUAUUUUAAGUUUGAAAUUGGGAGAUAAAUUUUAGGUCUUUGUUAAUUCAAUAUGUAAUAGUUAAAAUUAUUUGUUUUUUAUUUCAACGGAAUAAAAAUAAAGAAUCAUUCAUUAUAAAUUAAAAACUUGGGAAGAUUUUAUUUAAUAAUUUUAAUUAAAUGGAUAAUGGAAGGAAUAAUUUGGAAUGGGAUUGUAUUUGUAUUAAGGAAACUUAAUAAAAUUAGGUAAUCUUCCAAGAAUUGAAAGAUAAGAGUAUCUAAAACCAUAUUUACAUAUUUAAAUAUAAAAGUUUGUUGAAAAUAGUGUAAAAUCUUAAACUUCAAGUUCAGUCUAUAUUGCAAUAGAAUUUUUAACUAUGAUUGAAUCAUAUGAAUUUCUAUUUAAUUAAAUAUAUCUAAUCUAUAAAAAUAAUAGAUUUGAAAAAGAAUUUUAUAAAAGUUUGGAAUCAUUUAUAUAAUAAGGAGUAAUAAAAUAGAUUCCAACAGAUUCAUUGAAGGAUUUGUUGCAGUAUUUAUGUUAAGAGCAUAAAAUCAGUUUAUUAAAAUUGUUCAUAGCAAAUUUAGAUAAAAGAUAUAUAAAUUCAAGUCUCAUAAAGGAAUAUUUUAUUAGAUGUAAUUUAUAGACCUUAUCAAUUUAUAUUCCUUCAAAAGAAAUAGAUAAUUAUAAAUCACCUUUAAAGACUAUAUUUGAAAUUUAUGAAUAAAUUUUAAAUAAAAAUUAACAAGAUUUACAAUACUAUUUUAAAUCAAUAGAAAUUGAUAUUUAAAAUUUAAGUAAUAAAUAAAUAGAUGAGGAAAUUUAAAAUUUAGGGUAUAAAUGUAUUUGGUUUUUGAGUUUAUUAUUUAAAGGAGAAUAAUUCUCUUAAGAGAGGAUUCCAGAAGAUUAUUGGUCUUAAAUAGUAGGUGAUAUUCUAUAAUGGAUAUUAUAAAAUUAAAUAUUAGAAAAAUUCUUAUAAAUUGAUGUUGGAAUAUUUUUAAAUGAAUUUUUGCUUAUUUUUAAAGAUGAUAAGAAAUACAGAUAAUUAUAAAAAUAUGAAAAUGUAUUGAGAGAAGAUUUAGAAGAAGAACUUACAUUUAGUGAGAUUAUUUUGCAAAAGGUAGAAAUGACAAUAAAAAAAUUAAAUAUGGUUAAUCAAUUUAAUUCUUUUAUUUUAGAGAUAAUGAAAUUAGGUUAUAAAAUAACAUAUGAACAUUUUCUUUAAGUAAUGAUUCACAAUUUAAGAAAUCCUUAUGAAAAUUUAUAAUAUUUUGUUAAACAAAGUAACUUUAAGUAUUAAAAGAGGGAUUAUUAAUUUAUUCAUGAUUUUACUAAAUAGGAUAAAGUAAAAAGAGAUAAUUUUUUAAUAUAAUACAUAACAUUUUUUAGAAAAAGAUUAUUGAAUGAUGAUGCUACUUUGUAAGAAAUUUUAACUGAAGCUUCUUAAUCUAAACUUUCAUGUUCAAGAAUUUAAUCAGAAAUCUAUUGUUUAAAAGGGGAAUGGUUUAAAUGUCUUGAUACAAUGUUAUCAUCAACAAUAAAAGAAGAUAAAGUAUAAAAUAUAAUAAUAUUAUUAUAGGAUUAUAUAUUUAAUUAUAUUGAUAGGAUUCUUAAUUCAAAUGAAUUCGUUAAUUAGAUCUAGGAAAUUCUUGAAUAUCUUUUAGCAAUAAUCCAAAAAUUAGUAAGUAUUAUUUAAAUAAUUUGAAUAGGCAGAUAUAAGUGUAGAGAAAUUAAAGAUACUUUUGCAUCAUUUUUCUGGUGAUUUAUACAAAUAAGCAAUAGAAAAAUUGGAUAGUCAUCCAAAUUUUAAAUUACAUUUGUUAUAUGAAAUAAUAAAAGAGUAGAGAAGCAAAAAUUAAAUUAUUGACAAUUCAAUAAUGAUUUCUUAUUUUCGAUUACUUUGUAAACAUUAUCCCGAUGAUGUUUAUGAAGAAUUAUAAUAUGGAGAUUUUCCAUAAGAAGAAUGUAUGAAAAUUUGUAAAGAGUUUAAUAUAAUGAAAGGAAUGGCAUUUUUAAAAGAAAGAAGUGGAUUUUUAAAAGAGGCUUUAGAAAUAUAUUUUGAUGUAUUAUAUCAAAUAAUAAUAGGUAAUUAGUAAAGAUUUUGAUUUGAUAGAAAUCAAGGAAUCUUAAAUUCAUUUAGAUGAAGAAAUAUAAAUUCUAAUAAUUCCUUGUUUAAAAAUUUGUAGAGAAAAUUAUUCAAAUUAAUAUGAUAAUUUUGAAUUAUGGUUAAUUUUUAUUUAAAGGAUGUAAAAAUUACGUUUAGAAUUCUUUUAAUAGACUCCGAAAUAUAAAUCCAUUAACAAAGUAUUUAUGGAAAUCAUAGUUGAAAUUUUAGAUAGAGUUCAUCCAAAUUUGAUUAUUAACAAUUUGGGAAAACUAUUGAAGAAUUUUACUCAAAUAAAAGAACUUAAAAUUAUAACAUAAGAAUUACAAAAAUUAUGCUUUUUUUAAUUAAUUACUUUUGAAUAAUAUAUAGGAAAUAUAAUAUAUAGAAAUUUUGGAAAAUUAGAAGAGUUAUAUAAUAAAGGGAUGAGAGGGACAUAUUUAAUAGCAAGAUGUCUAAUUUGUUAAUAAGAAAAUGAUUAAUAUAUGUAUGGCUUUUUAGAAUGCAAUCAUAUUUUUCAUAAGUAAUGUUUGAAGAUGAUUAAACAUGUAAAAGUUUGUAAAAUUUGUUUGGAUUAAGGGAAUCAUUGUGAUAAAUGUACAUUAUUUAUAGAUUAAUUUAAUUAGUAAAAGUAUAAUUAGAAAUAUUAGUUGAGAAUAACUAUGAAUAAUAAGAUGAUGUAGAAUUGAAAUAAGCAACAGUAGAAGAAUAAUAGAUAUUAUCGAAGUAAGAAAAAAGAAUGAUGUAAAUAAACAAAUGGAAAAUGCGUGAUAUUGAAAAUGAAUUUAAUAAAGUGUUAUACUGA